AAUGAAUAAACUGGACCAAAAAUUGGACAUCCUGAUUAAUAAACUGGACCGAAACACAGCGGAAAUAGUGGCUCAUCGUUCAGAAAUUGGCUCCAUUAAGGCGAAGGUUUGUGGUGAGAUCCGCAAACCCAAAGUAGUUCUGCCUUGCCAACCGCCCACAACCAUAGAAGAAUUGGAUCAUUUCGAGCAUAACUUGCAGGAAGAAAGUUUCUUCAAAAAUGUGAUCGCAGAGUUAAUGAUGUCGGGCGAGAAAGCAUUCGACAAAUGGAUUCGGAGUUCUUGGCGCACAAUUGUGUCCGACGAGGUCGCACGAUAGUGCUCUUGGCGGGGCACAUGUCAUCGAUUGGAAUACUCAGACCUACCAGACGGUCAAAAACAUCCGUUGCUGCUGCCUAGUCAGUCCAAAUUUGUAUGGAACUAUAUUCGCCAUUUGCAUCUUCGGAACUAUCACGCUGGACCUGAAGCCCUAGUCGCUCUCAUUCGUUUGGAGUAUUGGAUCGUUAACGCCAGAGACUUGGCACGUAGAAUUGUUCGCUCCUGUGUACACUGCGUUCGCUACAGACCGACCGGCCGUGUUCGUCUCUGACUUGUCAACAAAGGCGUUCUUAAAUGCAUUGAAACGGAUGGGAGGAUGAAACGUCGCAAGCUGCCGGCAGACAUCUUCUGCGAUAAUGCCACCAACUUUGUAGGGGCAUCGAAUCAACUGCAGGAACUAAAAAAGUUUAUGUUCUUAAAGCAGACCCACGAUGAAAUCUAUCAAUUUUGCGCAUCUGACUUUUUUAAUUUCCAUUUUAUUCCCCCAGGGCACUUCAUUUCGGAGGCCUUUGGGAAGCGGUAGUCAAGAGUGCAAAGGGGCUGUUAAAUCGUACGCUGGCCAACACCAGGUUCACCUUUGAAGAGUUGAGCACUGUCGUCCUCGAGAUAGAAUCGAUCCUCAACACGCGCCCGCUAUCGGCGCUUUCGUCAGACCCAAAUGACUAUAGCAGUCUCACGGGUGGUCAUCUCUUGGUUGGCGAAUCAUUACGAUCACUACCUCGAGAAUAUCAAACUGUCAAGUAUGCACCGCUACGAUGCGAUUACGGCCGUCAAGCAACGGUUUUGGAAACAAUGGUCUGCUGACUACGUCAACGAAUUGCGAUCGCGCACGAAGUGGACAGCACCCUCAACGAACCUCACCGAGGGCACGUACUAGGCCGAGUGCAGUCUACUGUGCUUGGGAAGGGUGGACUUGUACGGGUGGUGCACCUCCGCACUGCAAAUGGAAUAUUUUGCAGGCCAAUACACAAGUUGGCAAUUCUUGCGGUGGUUUGAAAGCAGUCCUUUCAACGGGGCCGGGAUGUUCGGUCAAGCUCCUUUAAGGAACAAAGUACUCAAAUGACCCUCGAAAAAUAGAGAGCCUACGCUCACUUUUUGUAUUUACUCUCACCAUUAUUGUACUAAAUUCACCACUGUAUUCCCUCUCUUAUUCCCAGUGCUCAAGCACUAAGAUUUGUAAUAAAUAGUUAUUGCCUAGUGCUCAACUGGAUCGAUCGACUUUUCUCUUUCAUAUAUACCUUUAAUUCGUUUGCAGAAAAAACUAACACACCCACAUCCGUGAAUUAACAUUAAGUGGGCAGAGCUUUGCGGCGCUCUCAAUGCUGUUGGGCCGCCAAUCAAGGACGCAUUGGGUUGGAAAAAGGUAUGUGUUGCACAACAAA